AUGACGACCGAGGCUCCUGCGCCGCUUCGUCUCUACCGAUCGGAUGUCGUCCAUCGCAAGCAGGGCAUCGAUGCAGAGCACAAAGUGGGCAUGGUCUCACGCUGCUACCUCGACGAAAUCGAACAGGACCCCACCACCUUUGCCCCGACCGGUCUCGAUCGUCAACUCAAGCAUGGAGAAUACGGUGUCCUCUGGUAUCCCUCUGGCAAGAGGCAGAUCGUUCCGUCCACCGACCUCGUGCUGGUCGACCGAGUGUUUGCAACGGGCUCCACUUGCAAGCGCUCCCUCAGCGACGCGCAAUCCGGCGUCGUCACGGGCGCUACCAACACACUCAAGCUACAACACCUCUUCAGCAGGGAAGAGAUCGCUCACCCCGUCCCAGCAGAAGACAUCGUCAAGGCCCACUACCUCAACCGUGGAGAUCUUGUGAUCAGUGACGACUGGAUAGGAGAGAUUGAUAGCGUCGUCGAAGAAGCGCUCGUGGGCAACCCAGACAACGACAGGCUGAUCAGGGUUUGCGAACUGGACGGACGACUGCUCCUCGGCAAGAUCCCCGCGGAGCAUAUGGCUGAGAGCGAGGUCGGCCUCAAGCUCGUAGCACUCGGCAUCAGGGAAGCCUCCAUCGUCGAGAUCACACAGAGUGCCUUGUACAUCAACUGGCUCGCCAUCAACCAGAAGCUCAGCCCGGACGAGCAGGCCAAGCGACCCAAGCCAAAAGCGCUCUGGACCGACUACAACAGGUUGACCCUGGUCCAAGCGUUCUGCGAGCGCAACCACGAAAUCGGAGAUCGAGUCAUCUUCCGAAGCAAGGAGCUCAAGGACAAGCACGGCGCAAAGAUCACUUAUCACGGACGUCAACAACUUCCCGUCGAUGUGAUGCUCAUCGUUGGCACCAAAACCGAGCUCGACGUUCUGUGGCAGGACGGCACUCGCACCAAAGAAAUGGCUUCCGACAUGAUCCCACAUGUCAAUCUCGACGAGCACGAGUCCUGGCCGGGCGACUGGGUCUACUGGAAGUCGGACGACCAGGGCAGCGUUCCUCGUGUUGUCCAGAGCAUGGACCCGCUUGAACGCACUGCCGAACUCCGCGUGCCCCUCUCCGAACCAGCCGAGAUCGAGCUCGUCCCCUCGCUCGAGAUCGACGUCCAAGGAGCCGACCACAGCGUCUUCAGCCUGCACCGCGGCGACUCGGUCUUGAUCUCAGAACGCCCCACCGGCUGGCCCGGACCCUUCCUCACCACCGUCGGAGACCCCCGUCCAGACUAUGACGACUACAAGAUGCACGACGACCUCAUGAAAGCCGAAAUGUCGCUCGUCAAGGUACCAAAUCGUGUCGCCUCCAAGGCAAGAUCCGCCGCCGCAGCCACCGACAUCGACUGGUACGGCACUGUGGAGGAUCUGCUCCUGGAUGGCACAUGUCGCGUCCGCUUGCCCACCGGCAGAACCGUCGUGGAGAAGCUCGACAAGCUGCAGAUCCUGUCCGAUUCGCAGUUUGGUAUGCACGAGCACGCCAUGCUGGAUGAAGACGGGCACGAUCCGUGGGACAUGGAUGCCGACUACGAGGAUGAUGACAUGUAUGACGACGAGGAGGAUCUCGACGCCAUGUGGGUGGAUCAGGACGGUGAGAUGGUGGCCAACGGCAGGGACGACUGGGAGGACAUGUCGGAUGGAGCGCCCGAAGUGGCCGAGAUUCACAUUGACGAGUCGGAGGAAGACUCGCCAUCAUCCGCUGACACGCAGGACGCGACCGACGCUGCCACCGUCGAGAAAGCGCUCGAAGCCGUCGUCCCCUCGAUCGACGCCGCAUCCACCUCCGAGCCCUCCGUACCCACCGAGCUGGCCGGCGCUAGCACCUCCACCGAGUGGAACCAGUUCGCCGUCCUCGAGUCCGCCCCCGUCUCGCACCACUUCUACUCCAAACCGCUCACCUCCCAGCCCGGUCCGCAAUUCUUCAAGCGUCUGCAAAAAGAACUCAAGGUCCUCGCCAGCUCUCUUCCGGAGACGAUCCUCGUCCGCGCCUACGAGGACCGGUCGGACCUCCUUCGCGUCCUCAUCAUCGGUUCCGAAGGCACGCCGUACGAAAACGCACCCUUCCUGCUCGAUUUCCAGCUCACGUCCGAUUUCCCCUCGAAACCGCCUGUGGCGCACUUCCAUUCGUGGACCAACGGUCACGGUCGCGUCUCUCCGAACCUGUACGAGGACGGCAAGGUCUGUCUUUCGGUGCUGGGCACGUGGAGCGGCGUAGCAGAGGAGAAUUGGACGCCGAGCAAGUCGUCGUUGCUCCAAGUGUUCGUUUCCAUCCAGGCGCUGGUGUUGGUGAGGGAGCCGUACUUCACCGAGCCCGCGUAUGAAAAGUUGAAGGGCAAGGAGGAGAGUCGGGUGAAUUCGAGGAUGUAUAACGAAAAGGCGUACAUUUUGUCGAGGGGGUUUGUGAGGAGGGUGCUGGAGAGCAAGGUCGAGGGGUUCGAAGAUGAGGUGGCGAUGUUUUACUACUCGAGGGGUGGGUUGCGGAAGGUCGUGGAGAGGGCCGAGGGGCUGUUGCGCGUCAGUGCGGGGGAGGGAGAGAAGCAGCCGGAAGAGGAGGGAGAGGAGGCUGUGCAGGGCCUCACAAAGGGUGGUGGCAUCAUGCUCGGUCGGACGGUCAAGGCGCUCCGCACCAUGCUCGACGCGAGCCAGUCCAAACCCUAG